GGAUUCACGAAGCCCCGAGCGAACUUCUCGCUUUAUCACUACGUGCGUCAAUUGCGUAAAUGUUCCCGUGAUCGUGGGCAGACGCGCGCAUGCUCAUUGUCAGGGGGAGUGAGAGGAGCAUGAAUGGAGCAAAAUGGCGGAUCAUGUGCAGAGCCUAGCCCAGCUAGAGAUCCUGUGCAAGCAGCUAUAUGAGACCACAGACACCACCACACGUCUACAGGCCGAGAAAGCUCUGGUGGAGUUCACCAACAGUCCCGACUGUCUGAGUAAAUGCCAGUUGUUGCUGGAAAGCGGAAGUUCCUCGUACUCCCAGUUGUUGGCUGCAACGUGUCUCUCCAAGUUGGUGUCUCGUACGAGCAACCCACUUCCCCUGGAGCAGCGCAUUGACAUUCGAAAUUAUGUUCUCAAUUAUCUGGCAACCCGACCAAAGCUUGCUGCCUUCGUGACACAAGCCCUGAUCCAGCUCUAUGCCAGAAUCACCAAGCUUGGCUGGUUUGACUGCCAAAAGGAAGAUUACGUCUUCAGGAAUGUCAUUGUCGAUGUAACAAGAUUCCUGCAGGAUAGUGUUGAACACUGCAUCAUAGGAGUCACAAUUCUUUCCCAGUUAACCAAUGAGAUCAACCAAGCGGACUCAACACAUCCACUUACAAAACAUAGAAAGAUUGCAUCAUCGUUUCGAGAUUCCUCCUUGUUUGACAUUUUUACCCUCUCCUGCAACCUCCUCAAGCAGGCAUCUGGGAAGAACUUGAAUCUAAAUGAUGAGAGCCAGCAUGGGCUACUCAUGCAGCUACUCAAACUGGCCCACAAUUGCCUCAACUUUGAUUUCAUCGGCACAUCCACCGAUGAGUCCUCAGAUGAUCUGUGCACCGUCCAGAUCCCCACCAGCUGGAGAUCAGCCUUUUUGGAUUCCUCAACCUUGCAGCUGUUUUUUGAUUUGUAUCAUUCCAUCCCUCCCUCGCUGUCUCCCUUGGUUUUGUCUUGUCUAGUCCAAAUAGCGUCUGUCCGGCGGUCUCUUUUUAACAACGCAGAGCGAGCCAAGUUCCUCUCCCUUUUAGUAGAUGGUGUGAAGAGAAUAUUGGAGAACCCUCAAAGUUUGUCGGACCCAAACAAUUACCAUGAGUUCUGCCGACUACUGGCUCGACUUAAGAGUAACUAUCAGCUGGGAGAGCUGGUUAAAGUAGAGAACUACCCCGAGGUCAUAAGACUGAUUGCUAACUUCACCGUAACUAGUCUGCAGCACUGGGAGUUUGCGCCCAACAGUGUUCACUAUCUGCUGAGCCUGUGGCAGCGGUUAGCGGCAUCUGUCCCUUAUGUAAAGGCCACAGAGCCCCACAUGCUUGAGACCUACACCCCUGAGGUGACCAAGGCCUACAUCACAUCCCGCCUAGAGUCCAUACACAUCAUUCUGAGGGAUGGUCUUGAAGACCCCUUGGAUGAUGCAGGCUUGGUUCAACAGCAGCUGGACCAGCUGUCUACUAUCGGCCGGUGUGAGUAUGAGAAGACCUGUGCACUGCUGGUCCAGCUCUUCGAUCAGUCGGCCCAGUCAUACCAGGAGCUGCUGCAGUCCACCAACUCCAGCACGAUAGACAUAGCAGUGCAGGAGGGUCGCUUGACAUGGCUAGUGUACAUAAUUGGCGCAGUCAUUGGAGGAAGAGUAUCCUUCGCCAGCACUGAUGAGCAGGAUGCCAUGGAUGGGGAGCUUGUGUGUCGAGUUUUGCAGUUAAUGAACCUCACAGACUCGCGGCUGGCUCAAGCAGGAAAUGAGAAGCUUGAGUUAGCCAUGCUCAGUUUCUUUGAGCAGUUUCGCAAAAUCUACAUCGGUGACCAGGUGCAAAAAUCAUCAAAGUUGUAUCGAAGACUAUCAGAGGUUCUUGGCUUGAAUGAUGAGACCAUGGUACUCAGUGUUUUCAUUGGGAAAAUAAUCACCAACUUGAAGUACUGGGGACAGUGUGAACCAAUCACAUCUAAGACACUACAGCUUCUCAAUGACCUCUCGAUUGGAUACAGCAGUGUUAGGAAACUUGUGAAACUCAGUGCUGUCCAGUUCAUGCUAAACAACCAUACCAGUGAGCACUUUUCUUUCCUGGGUGUGAACAAUCAGGCCAACCUCAGUGACAUGAGAUGUCGGACCACUUUCUACACAGCCUUGGGAAGACUUCUUAUGGUAGAUUUGGGUGAGGAUGAGGACCAGUUUGAACAGUUCAUGCUUCCUCUUACUGCUGCGUUCGAGGCCAUUGCUCAGAUGUUCAGCACCAACACCUUCAAUGAACAAGAAGCAAAAAGGACUUUAGUAGGACUGGUAAGAGAUCUAAGGGGAAUUGCCUUUGCCUUUAAUGCCAAGACCAGCUUUAUGAUGCUCUUUGAUUGGAUUUACCCCUCGUACAUGCCCAUCUUACAGAGGGCAAUAGAGCUCUGGUACCAUGUACCUGCCUGCACCACACCGGUCCUCAAACUCAUGGCUGAGCUCGUCCACAACAGGUCACAGAGAUUACAGUUUGAUGUGUCAUCGCCGAAUGGAAUUCUGCUGUUCAGGGAAACCAGCAAGAUGAUUACAACAUAUGGGAAUCGGAUCCUGACGCUGGGUGAGGUGCCAAAAGAUCAGGUGUACGCACUGAAACUGAAGGGAAUCUCCAUUUGCUUCUCCAUGCUGAAAGCCGUAUUAAGCGGCAACUAUGUCAACUUCGGCGUCUUCCGUCUGUACGGUGAUGAUGCCUUGGACAACGCUCUACAGACCUUUAUUAAGCUUCUCUUGUCCAUCCCUCACAGUGACCUGCUGGACUAUCCAAAGCUUAGUCAGUCUUUCUACUCUCUUCUGGAGGUGCUAACCCAAGACCAUAUGAACUUCAUCGCCAGCCUGGAGCCUCAUGUGGUCAUGUAUAUCCUGUCCUCCAUAUCUGAGGGGCUCACAGCACUUGACACAAUGGUAUGCACUGGAUGCUGCUCAAGCCUGGACCACAUAGUUACUUAUCUAUUCAAGCAGCUGUCCCGCAGCACGAAGAAACGAGCGGCGCCCAUGGCCCAGGAGAGCGACCGCUUCCUUCACAUAAUGCAGCAGCACCCUGAGAUGAUCCAGCAGAUGCUGUCCACAGUGUUGAAUAUCAUCAUCUUUGAAGAUUGUAGGAAUCAGUGGUCAAUGUCACGGCCGCUGCUUGGCUUGAUUCUACUCAAUGAGAAGUAUUUUGCAGAUUUGAGGAACAGCAUUGUGAACAGCCAGCCACCAGAAAAGCAGCAAGCCAUGCACUUAUGCUUUGAAAAUCUCAUGGAGGGCAUAGAGAGAAACUUGCUGACCAAAAACAGAGACAGGUUUACACAGAAUCUUUCAGUAUUUAGAAGAGAAGUCAAUGACUCCAUGAAGAAUUCCACAUAUGGGGUAAACAGCAACGAUAUGAUGAGCUGACAUUCCGUAGAGCACCAGGCCCCGCCCAUGUGGCCCGGCCCCGGCCCGUACUCCCACCCGCCCCUGGCCUGGCUGCCGGGGGACCACCGCUGCGCAAGCCUGCACCCCCCACUCCCCAGUCCCUGAAAAUACCCCAUUACCUCUCUCCCUUCUCACUUCCUCCCUCCACCCCUUUUUAUAUAAAUAUAUAUAUAUAUACACAUAUAAAUAUAUACAUAUUUUAAAGCAAGUUUCUAGAGGUCAUUCUCCUUGACUAUUCUCUUGUCAUUUGGGGCUCUAAGUCCAAAGAGAGAGAAGAGGGUACGGCUGGGGAAUGGGUUUGGGGUGUGGGACGGCACCAGUGUGGACUCUGUAGAGUGGGCGGCACACCCGAACCACUCGGAGGGAGGAUGGGAAGUGGGCGUCUGUUUGUGUGUGUGUGAGCGUGAGUGUGUGUUUGAGAAGCAUGUCUGUGGGAGGAAGGGUUAGGAUGAGCUGGUAUACAUAGUGCUCUGCUUUUGCCUGCCUUGUAUAGAAACACAUAAGGAAGAAAAAAAAAAGUGUACAUUUUUUUUUCAUAACAUUUUCAACAAUGUUUAUAAUGAUUACGAUUUAAGACAAAUAAUGAGUGUGAUUGAAAACUUUUUACAGUCUAGUAAGUUAGUGCAACUGUGCUGAAGUGUGGGUUUGUCUGUAUGGAGAGAGUGGUUUAUAUCUGGCUGAUGAUGUGGGAUUGACACCUGUCCCUAGAGGGGGCGGAAUGAAGCAUCGGAUAGGAUCACGAGUUGUACAUUUAUUAUUUCCCCCCCCUCAAACUGACUCUAUAGAACACAAUCGGGAGCUAUGUAAAUACACCGAACCUCUUGCGUUAACGUUUUCAGAAGGAAUACCGUUUUCCCUCAAAUCUUGGGCAUGAUGAAGUCUUGUCUUGCGUCAACCUUUAGGUCACAUCCCCACCACCUCCUCCGUCGCCGAGGAUGUUUAGAUCUGCUCACAGUCCCAAAAACACCCCAUCCUCGUGUGAAACUCAUUGGAGAACGCACGCAUAACCUUUCCCCUUUUGUCUCUGAAGGGUUCCAUCAUGUCGUCUGUGGAUUUGAUUUGAUAAAGUGACUUGGUUAUGGUGAAGUUGCUCUCUGAGCUUUCGUCGAACUGUUUUACAUACAUUUUAAUCUCACAGGCUUCCAGUCUAUCGUGGCUUUAUUGUUGAUCUGGCGUAGUGGAGCCUAUAGAAUGUAGCCGUGUCCUUCAAAAUAAGAGCCUGGUACUCAAAUCAUUGUGACAGGAUCACUUUCGACAGUUGUCUCUAGCUUUAACCCCAUUAAAACAAAUAUUUCUCUCUCAUUCUUCUCUCUGAAUUCCGGGUUUAUUUUUAAUAACAGAAAACACGUCAGAAUAUGGUAGAUUUAAACACAGAGGCCGAAUGGAGUGUAUUAGCAACUUGUGCUACUCAACAGAUGUUGCUGCUAACUGUUUGUGAAGAACUAGCUCAUCUCUUAACCAUGUCCAACGCUCAUGGAUGUUCACUUUCUUUUCUUGGUUCCCUGAUGUGAAUGUGUUUUUGGUGACUGUGUGUUGGGUCAUUUGAGUGAUGAGGUAGCUGGUUGAAUUGUUUGAUUGUUUGUUUGGAUGUCUGCUACAUAUAGUGUAAGCAUUGUGACUGCAAAAUAAACAUCAUUGGUUUGUACUA